AUGCGUCUAUAUAAUCGUGUUGUAUUAAUGCAUCGUAAACAAAUAUGGCAACCAUGGCUUACACAAGGUCGUUCAGUUGUUAAUUAUGCAAUGGAACAUAUUCCACAUGUAGUUUUGGGUAUUCCUUUUGCAGCAGCGUUCAUGGUAAUUAUUAUGAGUAAAGAAAUUUAUAAAGCAAAUGCUUAUCAAUUUAAUGUCUAUAAACGACGACUUAUGGGUUCUUCGUCGACCAGAAGACGUACCUAUUGA